GAGGGGGAAGUGACCUUCUCUAGAGCAGAAUCCUCCCAUCAGAGCAGAGUUUCCAGCCAGCAGAGAGAGGGCUGCUCCCCCGGCAGAGCCCGCACUCCCCGCUCCGUCAGUCCUCGCAGCGGCCGGGAUGAGCGCAGCGACACGUCUCCCAGUGAUGGCCUUGGCUGUGAAGCUGUGCCGGAGAUCCUGGCGCUGCAUGUAGGGGGAAGAAGCAGAGACCGCUUGACAACCAACCUACCUUCCUACCCUCCUAUGUUUUCUUUCUCUCUCAUAAAAAAAGGCAGAGAGAGGAGAAAAAGAACCACACUAACGUAAACAAAUGCUACCAUGUACAGCGUGGAGGACCUCCUCAUCUCUCAUGGAUACAAGCUGCCCAAGCACACCCCCUCCUCCACUCCCACUCCGGUCCCUGCAUCUUCCUCCCACCAGCCUCCGUCCUCCUCCUCGCCGCCGUCCUACACCAAGCACCACGACGGGCUGGAGAACAGGCACGGGGCCAGGACGGUAAACGGGUAUGAACGAGGGCCCGCGGUGCCCUACGGGAGCGGCGGCGGAUCCAGGCAGCCCCAAGUGUACGGCGGUGGCGGCUGUCCCAACAACAACAACGAGGCGAAGGACAGAGGCCAGACGAAACAGGAGGGAGAGAACCGGGGCCAAACGGACAACCAUUCCCUGGGAGAAUCCCUGACCUCAGACAGCGGGUUUUGUGAUGGCAACAGAGGCCCUCAGGCAUCGUCCAAGGACGUUUCCUACUGGAGGAGGAGAGGCCAAGACUUCACUGUGUUACUGGACUAUGCUGACUACAGAGAAUCCCAUGGAGGGGGACAAGGAGUCUACAGCAGGCCAGACGGGCCUCAGCAAGCAAGAGGCCAGGAGCCGUCUGCAGAUGACCGUCAAAGGCCGGUCCAGGAGAGGCAGCGCUGGGGUUCUCAGGCCCAGGCUCAGGCUCAGGCCCAGGCCCAGGCCCAGGCCCAGGCUCAGGCCCAGGCUCAGGCUCAGGCUAAAGGUCACGCUCAGGCUCAGGCCCAAGCUCAGGCCCGGUCCAGAGAAAGAGAAGCAGCUCUCCAUCAGUGGAGGAUGGCAAAUGAGAGGAAGUGCCAAAGCCUGGGGACGGAGGAGUGGAAUCCAGCUGUAAUCUUUGGCCGCCAGCUGUCGCAGAGCGAGGGCGAGCGCUGGGCUCAGGAACAGCAGCGGCUCCGCGCCAGAACACCGGAGGCCAUGGUGGUCAACCCCAGGACCAAAAUCAAAUCCCAAUCUUUGCCCAGGAUGAUGCAACCUGAGAGCCUGCAAUACGUGGACUUUGCCGUGUCUGGCCAGAGACUGUACAAGCGGGCCAACGGACAUCCGAUGUCACAGCACGACCUUUACAGGGCGCCCCGCUGGCCGGAGAACGGCAGACCAGCCAGUGCUAACCAGCUCUCAAUGACACCAAAGGCCCGCUUCACCCGACCCCCCAGACCUCCAUCUUAUGAGAUGCACCAGCAGAUCAGGGGAAGCUGUGAGGUUCUGUCCGGCAGAGAGUCAGUGGUUCCCCAUGCCAGGGACAGAACACCCCUUCCCAUAUCAAGGACAGCCGAUCCUCAUUUGGACUAUUUUGCACAGGACUCUGGACCCCCAGGAUACAUCCCUCCCCCAUCGUAUAAAAGAGCUCCUAUAAUGGGAGCAGGGCGCCGGGGAUACGGGGACAUCUCUGUUGAUUACAGGUACAGAGGAGACAUCUAUCAGCAGAUACAAGUGGCUCCAGAUGGAUCCCAUUGGCUCAUUAGACACCCAGCUGGUUCCUGGCCCGAUCCUCACAGAGAGAGAAGCAUGUCCAGUCAGAAGCAGCUCUGUCCUGUGUAUUCUACCCAGGACCGCCCGGGAGGUGGAGUCCAGUAUAUCCCCUUUGAUGAUCCCCGUAUCCGUCACAUCUCCUCAGCCCUAGGUGGCAACUCCCUCACGGACGCUGACAAAAUCCGCCACAUCCGUAACGAGCUUCCCAGUGUCACCGUGUCGGAGACUGCGACCGACAACAGUGCCUUUCUGCCCCCACCACUGGGGCCUUUCAUCACUGCCAAAUUGGCAGAUGAAUCAAAACAGACAUCUUCUAGCGACUUUGACAAUGACAACAUGAGAUGGCAAAGCGAUUUGCACAAAAAUACUGUCAAUAACUUUCAAGCACCUGACCAAAACUGCAAUAACAGAAAUCCCAAAACCCAACUUCUUCCUUCGUUACCCUCCUCAGCCUUCCAGGUCCUAUCAGCAGCAGCGUCCUCUCGUCAGAGGUGUAGUUCAGAGCAGGGUUUUGCAGAAACUAUCACCCAAGUGAAGAAAAUUGUGCCAGAUUCACAACCAGACAACAUCCGGCACAGCAAGAGAAGAGUGAGUGAGACCAUCUUCUGCCUUGUGUCGGUCCCCGUUCACACACCAGGUAAAAUCAACAAAGACUCGAUGGCUGAUCAGAACAACAAUGAGGCAGUGCCAAGCAUGACCAUUACCAAAAGUGACACUUUUGCCGUCGGCCUCAAAGAGAGCCCAAACAUCCGUAGCAAGUCCGUGAAUGAGAUACCCAUCAGAUCCCCCUAUUCUCAUUUUCAUACCAGCAGCACAUCCUCGGUGAGGAAUUACAAGAGAGCUCCUUUACGGAAGGAGAUCAUCGAUGCCUGGGCGCUCCAAGCAAAGGAAGACAAAGAGUCUUGCUAUGCUGGGUCCUGGCCGGGAAAUCAGUACCGUAAUCAGGAAACUCAGACCGGCUCACCUUUGACGGUGGUAAAAAGCCCAGAGCCCCAGAGCCCCUCUGGGGACCACGAGCCCGUCCGGUCUGCCACAAACACAACCACUGACAGUGCUGCUGGGAACAGCAGUAGCGUGUCCUACGGCUACCCCAUGGCAGGUCAGAGGAAUCUCAAUCUUUCCAGCAACAGCGCCUUUUCCCGUCUCAGUCUCAGCCCAGCACACACACCGUCGCUUCAGCAGUUUUCACCCUCUCGCCCCAAGGUGCACAAUCAGGGAGACCAGCAGUCCUCCCCAAAGAAGAGCGGUCCCCCGGAGAGUGUGGAGCAGGUGGUCUUCGGUCAGUUCCUCUUAAAGCCAGUAAACCGGCGACCCUGUGAUGUCAUUGGUGAAUUGGAGACUAUAAAUAAAGUGAUGGAAGACACAAUUAGCAAGAGACCAAUUUUGGCUCAAUGUGUUGACGAUCUGGACGGGGUAAAUAAGAGACUAGCUUCAGGAGCACAUUUCACUGCUGGUCCAGAACCGGGCCGGGAGGCAAUCAGUCUUCCUCCGCUGCACAUAGAAAAGCCCACCAAUAUAAAAAAGAGGUCAAAGUCCUUUGCUUCUAGUGCCGAUCUCGAAUCUAUGGAUGUGAGUAGUGCUUUCUCCAAGCCCCAGGUCAACAGCAUGGCACCAGUAAAUGACCUCUCCCUUCACCCAGGCCCGAGAUACGAUUGUUCCCUGUCGUCCGUUCCCCCAUACAGUGAAUCGAACCAGUUUUACAGACAGGACAUCCCAGUCCCUCAAGAGUCCUUGCUGAGGAAUGUGGGGCUGACUGUCUACACUGAGACUCCCGGUGGUCCUGGAGAGCCAAUGCAGCGCUCGCUCUCAGUCCCGUCUCCACUGGAACACAAGGAUCUCGUUGACCCAGUGCAGCUCUCCCAGGAGUCCAGAGCAGAACCUGUUAGGAAUAGUAGUCGUUCUGAGCACAAUUUAAAUGAAGAGCUUGAAUUUAAAGUGAGUACUGAGGGAAAUGUUAAAUCAGCAAGUACUUCACCAUUCAGGGGUCAGGUAAACAACUCUUCAGCUAGGAGGGAAAGAUCACCUCAGAAAGAUAGCUUGCAGCCCAACUCAAGGCACAGGAAAGAGGUCUCUUUUGUGUUUCAGGACGAUGACAGUGAUAAAACGUUUGCCCUCUCUGAGCCUCUGGCCUAUAAGGACGACUCAACAAUAGCAGAUAAGCACCUAGAAAGGUUACUUAUUAAGGAGAAAGCCAAUGCUCUACCUACCGAGGACCUCAGCAAUUUGUAUGAGGUCAAAUGUGCCAAGGGAAUCCCUGAAAAUGAGUCUAUAGAGGAGAGGGCGGCACGGAUCCUGGGUAUAGCUGUUCCGGUGGAGGCCUUAGGUGUGGCUGACCAGCAUUUAAUGGACAAUGAGGCCGAUCUGAUGGACAUUUUAGCAGAGACACAGCAAGUGAUACGAGAGUGUGAGCAAGUCAAAGAGGAGUCCCUGGUCGCUCUGGGAGCAGAUACAGAGGAGCUUGAGAUGACGGGGUCAGGUGUUGACCUACAGGAACGAGAGGAAGAUGACAAACAAAAGCACAGCGAUGACCACGGUGAAGACGAGACAGAGACUCGGUCAGGGCUACAAAUUCCCGAGUUCCCACCCAGUAAGCUCACCCUGUCUUUGCCUGUCAGCCCUGAUGAGAAGCUCGUACUGAGCAUGCACGGUGGGAAAAAGAAAGGGAGAGGCGGGGUCUGCAAACUCAGCGAAUGCCAGCAAGAUAAACCGGUUGAAGCAGAUGCAGCUUCAUCAACCACGACUAUGGUCAUAGCAGCCACAGACAACGUGGUCCAUCCGACAGAACUGGACUCUCAUAUAAAAUGUCUCAGCCUCAAAAGUCCAGAGUCUGUAGGACAAGCCGGUCCUGAAGACACAGAUUAUGAUACAAAGGAAUGUGAAGUUCAGGAAGAGCCUAAGAAGAAAACAGUCAAACAGCAACCAGAAGAAGAGGAUGUGGAUACAAAAGGGAGUAAAGAGGAGGAAAACCUGGAUGAACACGGCAAGUUGGGAGAUCUUAAAGAAGCAAUAGAAGAAAGUUACAGGCUGUGCAAAGAAGAGGAAAUACGUGAAGAGAGGGUAGAGGACGUGGCUGUUACAGUAGUACUAAAAGCAGACAAUGAACAGAGUAGGGAAGUACUUUUUAAAUUAAAAUUGGAAGAAGAACAAGAAGAGAUGGAGUUGAAAAUUGUGGACGAAGACAGCGAAAACCCUUUGGAGGUGGUGAAAGAUGACCAUGAAGCAGAUGUGGUCCGCAGAGCGAAGAGCACUCAGCACGCAGAAGCUGGACAGUUGCCCAGACCAAAGCAGCGCACCAGGCUCCAGAAACCUCCUCUCCUCCCGAAACCACGCAGCGUUCCCAAGAGAGAGAUAACACUGCCACUCAGCUUCAGCUCUGGAACCUGCAGCCCUGCGAGUGUGGAGGAGGAGGAGAUGCUCUCCGUUGCAGACUCUUACGACCCCAGUCGAGUGGAGAGGGUGUAACCUCUGACCGCUGCCUUCACCACUGUGGAAACUUGUCUUUUCCAAGUUAACAGCUCGUUCCAACAACAAAGACUCUCAUCUCACCUCGCGACUCAGUCGGCUGCACUCUUCAGUACCGCCGAACAGAGCCGGCCGUCAUCCGUCCGUUUUCUAUAUCCGCCAGAUCCUCAUCAGGGUCCACGGAGAGGGGUGGCUUUCAGUCCGCUGAAAUGACUGUCUUGGUGCUGCAAAAGCUUCUUCCUUUCUCUCUGCCUCUGAAUCGGUUCUUUUACUCAAGCGGGUGGACUUUCUCCUCUUCGUGCUGUCUUUUUUUUUGCUUUUUAGAAAAAGCCGUCACAUCGUUUCCAUCCACACUCGGGCUCGUCGGCGAGCUCCGGUGUUAAAACAUGAAUGUAAAACAGCUUCUGCUCAACAAACAUACAUGAGUAAUGUAAUAGAGAACACCACAACACAGAAGUAUUGCAUUACAAUCAGUAUUAACAUGCACCAAAUGUAAAUAAGAAAGAGUAAUAAGAUUUUAUUAAGAAUAUAAAAAAAAGACAUGAAUCUGAAAUGUUUAUUUUCUUAUGUAUGUUUAAGAAAAGAUUAGAUUUUCAGAAGUGUUAUGUUUGGGUGUGCGAUCAAUAAUGAAACCCCACUCUUUAUUCUUAUACUUGUGUGAUGGAGAAUGUACUUGGAGAGUUUAGCUUGCAAAGAGAAACACUGUGGUCCUCGAGUAGUUUCACUCAAAAGCAAUAUAGUUGUGAUUUACAGGGCGUUUGUGACAUGAUUUCAGUCGUAAUAAAAUUCCAAGGAGUUAAUCUCAUUUGCUUUAAAGCUCAACCCUUUGGUACAAGUGUUAGAUUUGCACUGCUGAGAUUACUGGCUCUGUGUUAUUAGCACCUGAUAAUGUCUUCACGUACUGAGAGAUUAUACUCGGAGGAAUCCUCUCAGCAUCAGCACUCACACUGUAAACCAGAAACGUCUAUCGUUAAUCCUCAUAGUGUCCCCAAAGACAGUCGCUGUGCGUUUUGUGGCAUUAACAUAAGUCUGUAUUUGAGUGUGGCAGUUUUCAUUCAUCUCCAUGUCAGUUUAUUUGUGGUUUCAAAAGUGCUUUUUUUGCAGGAAACAAUAUGUAGCUGCACUGAUGGCAGUCUGCCUUGCACACCAACUCCCUGUAACGUACGUGUCCCAUGUCGUUGGUUUACAACUCCUGGUUUAAACUGAACAUCAGUAACUCCAUCCCAUUUUAAUCAAAACGAAAACAUAUUAAAUUUUUAGGCAAUAAUGAUAAUAUUAAGCUUAAAGUGCUUAGUAAUGAUGCUGUACAGAACAUUGCUGUUGAAAUACUAACCACAAUAUCUGAACAUGUUCAAUAAUUUAAAGCUUGACAUAUCAAUGCUAUUAUAAGUUGUGCACAUAAACUAGCUUGUGGUGUAGCAAUAGGACAAAUUGACAAACAUACCAAACCAAACUUUAUGCUAUGCAUUGGACAUCAAACUUUCACCAGGUCUAAUGGCAAAAUUCAAAGGUGACGCGUUAACUUUUGGUUUGCUUGUUCGAACCCAUAUCGGUAUUUGAUCCGGCUGUAUGUGAAGUGCGUGGUGAACCUGUUGGAACUGGUUGUAGACUUGCAUGGACACAACUCUAGUUCGAGUUCAUCAGUGGAGACUUCCAGACAGGUCUUGUCUUUGUCCCGUUUCCAGCCCAGUACCUGUACCUCUGUGCUCCAGGUAACGUGUUAUCUGGUCAUUUUUGUCUUUUUGUACUGCGACUUCUUUGUAACAUAAUCUAGACUAUUGGUGCACAUCUUGCUUUGAUAUUUUCUAUUUUCAUACAGAAUUAUGUACAGCUUUUCUUUUUUUUUUGUUUUUGUUUGUUUGUUUGUUUUGUUUUGUUUUGUUUUGUAAGCACAGCAUCUUUUUUCCGCCUUUUUUGUGCAUGUAAUGCGUAAGAAGUCACAGAGAAGGUGUAUUUGCAUAUAAUUGCAUUUGGUACAAUAUAGUCUAUCCAGUUAACAACUGUUAUAUUUCAUACAAUGUAUAUUUUUUUUUCAAAAGUUAAGCUACAUAUUUAAAUCAGAACGAAGUAUUUUUAGAUUAUUGUGUAGAGGGAGCUGUGUUUGAAAGUACAGUACUUGUCUACAUUUGGUGUGAUCAGAAAUGAUCAGAAAUAGAGACAAGUGUGUUCAAUUGUACAGUACAGCAGACUAUUCAUAAAUAAAAAUGUUUGCAUGAAC